AUGAAAGACUCAGAAACCAUUAAGCAGUAUGCUGACAGAAUCAUGGCAACUGUCAACAACAUAAGGCUGCUUGGAGAAGAAUUUAGUGGUCAAAAGAUAGUUGAGAAAGUCAUAACAACCUUACUAGAGAAGUAUGAAGGAAAAAAUUCUUUCCUGGAGGAUUCAAGGGACUUAUCAACAAUCCCUUUGACAGAGCUUAUAAAUGCUCUUUAUGCACAAGAGCAAAGAAGGGCAAACGGAAUAGAAGACUACUAUAAAGGAGCCUUUCAAGCUAGAAGCAAAGAAAGCUCAGGUUCAAAUUUGAAUUCCAAAGGCAAGAAGCCUUGGACAGAAAAGAAGAAGAAAGAGCCUACUAAGAAGAAGUUUCCAUCUUGUGUCCAUUUUAGAAUUGGCAAUGGUGAGCUGUUGGAGGCAAAAGGCAAAGGCAAGGCUAUGAUAAGCACUAAGUCAGGUAACAAAACCAUUUCUGAAGUCCUUUAUGUGCCUGACAUUGACCAAAAUUUGUUGAGUGUUGGUCAACUACUGGAGAAGGGCUAUUCUUUAGUUUUUGAAAGUAAAAUUUGUGUGAUCAAAAAUGUUGUUGGUGAGGUGUUAACUACAAUAGCUAUGCAAGACAGAACCUUCAUUGUGGAUGUGAAUCAGUUGCAGGAAAGGGCAUAUGCAUCUCAGACUAAUGAAGCAAACUUGUGGCACAGGAGGCUGUGA